GGGGGGCCCCGGAGGAGCCCGGCGAGGGGCUUCGCGCCCAGCUUCCCUCCCGCUAGCGCCUGUCCUUGCAGCCCGGCUCCUGCCGAGGCUCCCGGUCGGGUUUGUCAGUUGAUGGCAGCUGCGACCCGAACGCUUUCAAAUAAAAUGUCACUCGGCCGCGUGUGGCGACGUGAGCGGCGGUCUUUCCAACUUGCCCGGCUCUUUCCUGCCCCUUCCGAGAUGCGUGACCUUGAUAGCAACGUCCGUGCCCGGUUAGCGAACACCUCACGAGAGGCGAAAGGCUGGAGACGGCGUUUUUCUUCUGUCUGUAGCGCUUGUGGCGAUCCUUGAACAGUUUUUCACCUCAAGCGUUUGUAUGGGCGUUGAGGACAGUUUUGUAAGAGGAGAAACCCCUGUGCGUGUAGAUAGCUCUUCUACUUGGCCUGCGUGUUGAUUAUUCCUUGUGUUUCAGGGCUUGCUCUUGUACGUGUGCUGCUUCGCAGGGAGAACGUGCUGGGACGCAGAGGCUGGGGCAGCUGAUGCCGCCGAUACCGCUUGCCUGGCAAUCGCAACGUGCUUGUGUGUGAAUGAUUAGAAAUACAUUGCUUGUGGCAGGGGAGAUGGCUGUGCCUUCCUAUCUGCUGCUGCCUUUCGGUGCUGUCGCUGUAUCUGUGGUUUCCAAAACAUCCUCCAUGUAUGCUGGCGUGCUAUUUUCAUCGGCUGCUCCCGGAGCUGGAGCCUCCAGCACGCGCUGGUUAAUGCAGCCUUUCCUGUUUGGGCAGCUCUGUCAUUCGUGUGUGUGCGCGGGCGCGCGCUCUGCUUAAAUUGUCAGAAACUGAAAGCAUAAUGCUGACCAGUUCACUCUUCGUGCUGCCAAAUAUUAACUUGCGGCUCUAGGCUGUCUGAUUGAAGUGUAGGUUAAAGAUUACAUAGGUUAGGGAUUAAUCUGGAAGGAAGGAACGGUUUUGUGUGUAUUUGCAGAACUUGCUACUUUUUUUUUUUUAAACAAAAAUCCUUCAAACCUGCUCCCCCCACCGUGUGAAUUUCAGUGCUGUUUUCCGCAUGGGAAACAAGGGUUUAGUUAAUUUAGGAAAACUUGAGCAGCAGGUUCUGAAGAUGGCAGCGUGCAUAGAUUUUCUUUCCCAGUUAAUCAGAAAUGCAGGGGGCAGGGUGCUUAUCCACAUGUGCUAUCUGCGUAUGUUAAGAAAUGCCGCAAAACCCGAACAUCCUGCCGUUAAACUGGCCUCUUGGCACUGCAGAUUUUUCCACGGUAAUUCAGAAGUGGAUGGUUCAUCUGGAGCCAAUCAAUGUUCUGUCCUGCAGUUUUGUUGAAAAGAUCGUGCUGCAUAUUACGGGAGUGUACGCUUGCGUGUGUGGGUACGCAUGCAUACACACACGCACGCUGCUCACGGCUCUGGCCUUUGCGGCAGCAGAUGAACUCUGGAGCUUUGGAAAUAAAUCCUGGUCUUUGUGCAUGGCAGCGUUUGGCCUGCUAACAUUGUACUCUGCUGAACUGCAGACUUUCUUUCCCUCGCUGGCUCAGCCUUCAGUUGGCAGCGGGGUAUAUGUACCGUUGUGGUUUUAGAGCUCGGCUCCGUUUGACGUAAGCAGAACAUUUCUUAGUUUCACCGCUCUUUCUGCUGCUCGCUUCCUAGGAAGCAAGGUGGGAUACCUGGGGAGGAACAGAAAUACCUCCAGUUGUUUUGGUUAGCAGCUUUCUUGCUGCUUCCCGACAUGAGAUGCGUUUCCCAAAGAGAGCUGGGGAAAAAGGGGAAGGGGAAGCUCGUGGCCCCCGCUGAUUACUUGGGGUGAAGGCGCAGGGGUGGCAGGGGUUGUCCUCCCCGACAUCAGGGUCUGGGAGGUGGCUGAGACCUGCAGCCUGCCGAGCACCGCGGUGUGAUGUAACCCCCUCAUUAAGUAACUUAGCUAUUUUUGUGUUCUUACCACAUCUGAAAGGAGCGGCAUUAGUAUUGCUCUGUGUGCAGGGCUAAGGGUCCAGUCCCUCAUAUCAACGGGCGCCUGGAUUGAUAAAUGUCUGUUUAUUUAAGGACUGCUGCUUAUUUCGUGCCUAUUAGGAAAAGUGGGAUCUCUUCAGACUGCUGAGCUUGCACAAUAGCUCAGCUGACAAACUGAGGCUUGUUGGGAUGCUAAAAGAGCCGAGGAGGGUGAUGUGAAACACGUAUUUCCCUACAAGUCUAAUUAGGGCCGUGGGAGGAGAGAGCACUGGCGUUGCAGAUACAGCCUCCCACUGGCUUACAUACAAAACUGAAAGUAUGACUCUUUCCCCCGCCUUCUGCUUUUCUCAAAGGAAAGGCCGUGGUUUCCUAAUGAAUACAUGGUGAGCAGUUCUGUCCAUAGCACACUGUGAUGAGUAAGUUGAAUAGUGCAUGGUGAGUAAUCUCUCCUCAUGACUCACAAAAUAUUUUCUGAUGUUGACCUCUGUUUUUAUGAGUGCCCUGCUUAAUCAGAGCUGAAGUGAGUUUAUUCUUUUGUAUGCGGUUUAACUCCUUGACUCCCACAUACCUGCCCCAUUUGUUGCUUGCUUUAGGUUGUCAAAGACCAGUGAUAUUGUAUUAAAAAAAAAAAAAAAAGGAAAAAAAACACAACAGAAAACCCAAUAGUUUUGGUAGCAUAAGAGAUACGGGUCAGGGUAAAAGAAGUUCCUAUUUGCCCGGCUGGGUGAUUGAGCGGAAUUAAUGGAUCUAGGUGGUCUUAAAUAGGCUAAUGCUGGCUGAGGAUGGCAUUUGUAGGCAGCUUCGAGCAUUGAUAUGCACAACUUGGUACUUACUGCCUACAGGUAGAUCUGAUGGAUACAAGGGGGUGAAAUCCCCUUGUCAUUCAAAGACUUACAGAUGGUUAGGUUUAUUCCAGAGAACUGUCCUUAAACUAAUUCAUUCUCCUGUAUUUGUCUCUGACUUUUACUGUAGUUACAUCUGAGUAUUCCUUACAUUUGAACGGGGAGAUUUCCCAUACCGUGGUGGGCUCUGCCUGAUCUGUGAGGAGUCUGCAGUUGUCAUCUCCUCUGCACAAGCGGCCCUGCUCUCGGACUCAGCCUGUUGUGCAUAGGGGAGAAAAAAGGACAAACACCAUGAUGCUGCUCAUGAAAUUAUUGAGACAAUUCGGUGGGUCUGUGAAGAAAUCCCAGAUCUCAAGCUUGCUAUGGAAAACUAUGUUUUAAUUGACUAUGACACAAAAAGCUUUGAAAGCAUGCAGAGGCUUUGUGACAAGUACAACCGAGCCAUUGAUAGCAUUCAUCAGUUGUGGAAGGGAACCACCCAACCGAUGAAGCUGAACACACGUCCCUCCAACGGGCUCCUCCGUCACAUCCUGCAGCAAGUGUAUAACCACUCGGUGACUGAUCCUGAGAAACUCAACAACUAUGAGCCCUUUUCCCCAGAGGUUUAUGGAGAAACUUCCUUCGACUUAGUGGCCCAAAUGAUAGAUGAAAUUAAAAUGACUGAGGAUGAUUUGUUUGUUGACCUGGGCAGUGGUGUGGGUCAGGUGGUGCUUCAAGUGGCUGCAGCCACAAACUGCAAACAUCACUAUGGUGUGGAGAAAGCUGAUAUUCCAGCCAAAUAUGCUGAGACGAUGGACAGAGAGUUCAGAAAGUGGAUGAAAUGGUAUGGGAAAAAACAUGCAGAAUACACACUGGAAAGAGGUGACUUCCUCUCAGAAGAAUGGAGAGAGAGAAUUGCAAACACAAGUGUUAUUUUUGUGAAUAAUUUUGCCUUUGGUCCUGAGGUGGAUCACCAACUGAAGGAGCGAUUUGCGAACAUGAAGGAAGGUGGGAGAAUUGUGUCCUCAAAACCUUUUGCACCUCUAAAUUUUAGAAUUAACAGUCGAAACUUGAGCGAUAUUGGCACUAUAAUGAGAGUUGUGGAGCUAUCACCACUGAAAGGGUCUGUGUCAUGGACCGGGAAACCAGUUUCUUACUACCUGCAUACUAUUGACCGAACCAUACUUGAAAACUAUUUUUCUAGUCUCAAAAAUCCAAAACUCAGGGAGGAACAAGAGGCAGCUAGACGUCGUCAGCAACGAGAAAAUAAGAGCAACACAACUACUCCAACGAAGGUUCAAGAAAACAAGGAUUCUGGUGCUGAAGAAGAAAAAGCUGGGGCAAAUUCUGUUAAAAAGCCAUCUCCCUCUAAAGCACGGAAGAAAAAGCUAAGUAAAAAAGGAAGGAAAAUGGCAGGCAGGAAACGAGGACGUCCCAAGAAAAUGAGCACUGCAAAUACAGAGCGCAAGACUAAGAAGAACCAAACCGCACUAGAACUCCUGCAUGCUCAAACUGUUUCACAGACAUCUUCAUCCUCUCCUCAGGAUGCAUACAAGUCACCUCAUAGUCCAUAUUACCAACUACCUCCUAAAGUGCAACGGCAUUCAUCUAACCAGCUACUGGUGACACCUACCCCACCUGCACUACAGAAGCUGCUAGACUCUUUUAAGAUCCAGUACAUGCAGUUCAUGGCAUACAUGAAAACUCCUCAGUAUAAAGCAAGUCUGCAACAGUUACUGGAGCAGGAAAAGGAGAAGAAUGCACAGCUACUGGGAACAGCACAGCAGUUAUUCACCCACUGCCAGGCACAGAAAGAGGAAAUCAAACGUCUUUUUCAACAGAAACUUGAUGAGUUGGGCGUUAAGGCUCUGACAUACAAUGACCUGAUUCAGGCUCAGAAGGAAAUCUCUGCUCACAAUCAGCAACUGAAAGAACAGACAAAACAGCUGGAGAAGGAUAACAGCGAACUCAGGAACCAGAGCUUACAGCUGCUUAAAGCACGCUGUGAAGAACUGAAGCUGGAUUGGUCAACAUUGUCACUGGAGAACUUGCUGAAAGAGAAGCAGGCGCUGAAGAAUCAGAUUUCUGAGAAACAAAAGCACUGUUUGGAACUGCAGAUCAGCAUUGUGGAACUUGAGAAAAGUCAAAGACAGCAGGAGCUAAUGCAGCUGAAAUCAUACACGCCGUCUGAUGAGUCACUGUCAGUACAGCUACGCAAUAAAAACCAUUUGAGCCGUGAUCCUGAGGCUGAUCACGGCAGGUUCCAACUGGAGCUUGAAUGCUCUAAAUUUCCGAUGCCCCACAUCAAUGGCAUGAGCCCUGAACUGUCCAUGAAUGGCCAUGCUACUCCCUAUGAAAUCCAUAACACUUUUAGCAGGCCGUCCUCCAAGCAGAACACCCCUCAGUACACGACUUCUCACCUGGACCAAGAAAUAGUACCUUGUACCCCAAACCACAGCAGCAGACAGAAGGCAGACAAGAUGACGAGCUUGUCCUUACCUGACUAUACCAGGUUUUCCCCAGCUAAAAUAGCACUAAGGAGACACUUGAAUCAAGACCAUGCAGUCAAUGGAAAAGCAACAACUAAUGAGAUACAGAGAGCUGACCACGUCAAAGAGAAUGGCCUUACGUAUCCAAGCCCUGGUAUUUCAAAUGGCAUAAAGCUGAGUCCUCAGGAAACUCGGCCCUCUUCCCCAACGGCCUUACCAAUUGCAGGCGAGAAGGGUUUAAGAGAGAGAACCUCUGUGAGUAAUGGAGAAACUAUCACCAGCCUACCUAUCAGUAUUCCUCUCAGCACAGUGCAGCCCAAUAAACUCCCUGUUAGUAUCCCUCUGGCCAGCGUAGUCCUACCUAGCCGUGUUGAGAAGGUGAGAAGCACACCUAGCCCAGUUCAUCAGAGCAGAGACUCAUCAACACUUGAAAAGCAGAUUGGUGCUAGUUCUCAUAAUGGUGUAAGCAAUGCUGCUGGAAACAAGCCACUGGCUUUGGCUACCUCAGGUUUUUCUUACUCUUCUGGCUCCGUGGCAGUCAAUGGAAAUCUUACAAACAGCCCAGCCCAUCUUAACCAUAGUGUUGAUCAGGCAGCUCUGGACGACUCUGGGAGUCUGUUUAACUCAGUAGGGUCUCGGAGUUCCACUCCACAACAUCCUUUGCUAAUGAUGCAGUCAAGGAACUCUGGGCAAAACUCCCCUGCUCACCAGCACUCAACAAGCCCCAGGUUAAAUGGCACCUCCCAGAGCCUGGUAGGGGUAUUGCAAUAUGCAGAUGCUCAGAAGAUGUUUGCCGAAGGAACAAAGGGGGAUCUUCAGUCUGAUGCAGCGUUUUCAGAUCCUGAGAACGAGGCCAAGAGAAGAAUCAUCUUUACAAUCUCUCCUAAUACAGGACAUGUAAAACAAUCCCCUUCCAACAAGCACAGUCCUCUGCCCACGAGCGCUCGGCUGGACUGUGGCCAAGCACACGCGCAGGAUGGGAAGAAGCGAGGCCGGCGGAAGAGAUCCUCUACUGGGAAUCUCAGCGGGAACUCCGGGGUCUCCCCUAAACGUAAAUCCUUACCCACUAUGUCUGGACUCUUUACUCAACCAUCAGGUUCACCGCUCAAUAUCAACUCCAUGGUCAAUAACAUUAACCAGCCUUUAGAAAUAACAGCCAUUUCCUCUCCUGAAAACUCCCUGAAGAACUCUCCUGUUCCUUACCAGGACAAUGACCAGCCCCCGGUAUUGAAAAAGGAAAAGCCCCUCAUUCAGACCAACGGCGUUCAUUACUCUCCCCUAACGUCAGAUGAAGAGCAGGGAUCUGAAGAUGAGCACAAUAGCACCAGAAUUGAGAGGAAAAUUGCAACAAUAUCAUUGGAAAGCAAAUCUCCACAGAAGACUGUUGAAAAUGGUGGCAGCUUAUCUGGGAGGAAACAAGCACAAACCAACGAGAACAUGAACAGCAGUAAAUGGAAAUCUACUUUUUCACCAAUAUCUGACAUCAACCUAACCAAAACUACAGACAGUCCCUUGCAGUCGGUUUCAUCCCUGAGCCAGAAUUCGUUGUUUGCCUUCAGGCCGUCCUCUGAGGACAGCCUAGCCAUUGACGCCAAGAUCACAGCACACGCGAGGAAAAGCAUUGCCAUGCCCUCAUCUGGGGCAGAUGGGCUCAGCCCUAGUACAAACUCCACCAACGGAUUCACGUACAAUGGUGGACUGUCAACUGACAUUGGUUUACACAGCUUUAUCGAUGGUGCUUCUCUUCCGCACAAGGCUUCAGACGUGACAACUUCCAACUGCUCCCUGGGUUUUCAGUCGCAGCGAAGCAAAGAUGUGGGGAUAUCAGAAACAAAUCCAUUUUUGAACAAGAGGCAACUUGAAGGCCUCAGUGGCACGAAAGGAGAAGACUUAAAUCGGUCAGGGGUCAAAAGCAAAGAGAUGAGCGAAAUAAGCAUUCGUACUGGGGGUUCUUUGGAAAAAAACUCUUUGCAGCAUAACGGAAAGGUCGGCAAAGGAAGGGACCGAGAUGUGGAGUUUAAAAACGGCCACAACCUUUUCAUUUCUGCUGCUGUUUCGUCUGGUGGCCUUCUGAAUGGUAAAAGCCUUUCUACUGCUGUUUCUUCAGCAGGCAACCCAGCAUCUUCUGUGCAGACGCACCAUCCUUUCCUAAACACUUUGACCACUGGAUCACAGUUCCCCCUUGGCCCCAUGGCCUUGCAAGCAAACCUCAACUCGGUGACAAAUUCCUCAGUAUUGCAGUCCUUAUUUAACUCGAUGCCAGCUGCUGCCAGUCUGGUCCACGUGUCAUCAGCUGCAACCAGACUGACUAAUUCUCACACUAUGGGGAACUUCUCUCCUGGGGUUACAGGUGGAACAGUUGGAGGUAACUAGGAUUUCUACCUCAACCCAAUGUGACCUAUGCAAGGACAACGUGGACCAACUUCACUCGGCUUCCACUGAAAGGUGCUCACCUGGCCUGUGCAGGGGUUUCUACUCUCUUACUACUGGACAAAACAAAAACCUAAAAAGACCUAAACAACAGAGAAAAUAUUUACUGUGAAUCUGAGUAAAAAAGAAAAAAGGAAGAAAAAAAAAGGCAAAAGAAAUGCCUAAGGCUCCAGUUUGUAUUGUUGAUAGUUUAGGUAAAGUAUUUAUCUUUUUUUAAAGCAAAAACAGUUUUGACUUAUUUUAUUCCACCUAGAGUCAUAAAUAUAACUUACAAUUAAAUUCUCUGAAUAAUUAAGGACUGGCACACCAGCAGAGAUGUAAAGAGCCUCCUCUCGGUGCUAUUUCAUCCGUCAGAACUGUGCCUCUAGUUUGAAUCCUUGGUGCUGAAUUUGGAGGGUUGACCAAUGCCAAACCCAGUUCUCAGAAAGGUCUGCAUUUUAUUUAUUCAACUUACUCUGUUCAUAUACCAAAAUCCACUUGGUUUACAGCAGUGUGAGCUACAGAGAAACGGCAGUCUUUGAUCUGGUGUUUUGCUCUAAUGUGAACUGAGCCAGGCGCUCUGUUAACUGGGUGGUUUUUAAUUGUGUUCAUUACAAACAAGAACUCACUACUCCCCUCUGGAGUGGCAGCUAGAUCACCUGGGGCAGCCCAGGUGAGCUCAGCCAAGGCAGGCACAGUUUGAACAGAAGAAAUUCAAGUCCUGCCCCAUUCAAACUACUUCACUGGGCCAUUUGCAGUUGCUGGUGGCACUCAAGUCACUGUGAAUUUUGGUAGCUAGUCUGGUAACUUGUUUUGGGAUGUCAUUGGCAUAUGAACAGGGUGCAUAAUCACUGGUAUUGGUCAGGCCCUUUUUAAUAACAUUGGGAAGACUGAACAUAGUGCUUCUGUACUGGUGCAGGCAGCAGAUUAUCUCAGCUUGUUGUUUUUGUUCCAAGUACAAUGUAUUUUGUUAGUAGAGUUUUGAUACUUGAUUCAGAAAUGGCUUAGAUGUGUACAUUUACUGACUAAGUGCAUUUUGCUUUUGUAUUUCUUUGCUUUAAGUAGAUCUAAAUGGUAGUUCACAAAAACACCACAAUCUAGCUUACCGUGCUGCCACACUAUCAAACUGGUGCAUUUAAUUGUAUUGUGACUUGGUGUUCUGUGUACAGAAAGUGCCGCUCUGAGCAGCGGCUGUAUUUUAUAGAGAUGUGAUGAAAAUUUAUAAAUUUCAUAUACUUUAUUUCAUUUAUUUUUAGACUGUACAGUGCACAGUGAACUUGUAAAAACUUAUUUAUUCAAGUGCACAAAAUGAGGAGAAAUAUAAUCCAUUAUAUAGACAUCACCCUGGUCUGUAGUUCAGACUGGACCAAGCACCAAUAAAGGAAACUACAGUAACAGAAGGGGAAUUGCAACAGCAAAAUGACUAGAAGAAAAACACGUUUAGGCAUUGGGAAAACACCUGCGCAGGUGCUCUGGGGGCAGCAUUGAUUGCUCUGCUGAGAGGCACUCGCUACCCUUAAAUCUCUUCUAGGUCCCUGGUGCUCCUUAAUGAGUCUCCAGCCUCCAGCAAUAGGGCAUUUGCCUUAGACUUGAGCCUGCCUCAGCAGGCACCUGACGGAGGGUCCCGGGGUCACAAAAAGCUGGGCUGGGUGCAUUGCCUUCCAACUCCUGCCUCUGCAUGUGAAGGAGGUGAGGUAGCUCGGCCCUUACGUGCUCUCCUGCUGUCUGAUCUGUGAAUGCCGUGCUGGCCAUGCUCAAGGGAGUGGUGGGAAGAGGUGACCGAGCAGCUCCUGCCCUCUGCAGAUUUCAGUUUGACCCUUUUCUCUGUACCUCAUCCCUGGCAAUCUUAGUAGAGAUUUAGUUCAAAGCGUGGUUAUUUUGUUGUUUCCUAUGUGUGUCUUUCAUAGGCAGCCUUUGUGCACAGAAACUGUUGAGCUGAUUUUGUUGUCUUACUCAUUGGAAAGGGAAGGGAUCGGUAGCCCUGGAAAUGAGGGGUGUUUUGGAACUGUUUUCUGCUUUGCAUGUGGGAGGACUUGACAGUGGUGCGCCCCUGCUGAGUUAUUAGCUGCAAGAUGAGAACCUGGAAAAGGGCAAGAAAGCUCAGAGGGCGAUGGCUGAGAAACAUCCAGUAGCUUCUAGUAGAAGCCGUACAGAGUUAAUGUCCUGGAAUCCAGGAAGACAAUGUAACCCAGAUGUUUUGCAGCUGGGAGUUGGGCAGCUUCAGCUUCAUCCAGAUCCUUGGCUAACUGAAAGUUGCAGAGCUGCCUUAGCAUCCUCCCGGCAAACAGCAAGGUGCUCCGGUCUUGGAAGGCGGGUUGUGCAUGAGCAAUUGCUGGAGGGGCAGUAGCCUUAAUUACCUCCCCCCCGCCAUUUUUAUCCCAGAUGUGAGAGAUGAGGAAAUACAAGAAGCAGCUUUUAAUCCAUCUGCUUUUUGUCAGAUCCUUUUCCAAAAAUGGACCAAACCAGUGUUCCUUAGGCCUCUUAUCCCCCCCCACCUUCAUGUCAAACCACGAAGACAUCCAGCAAGAGAACUCAUUCUGUACAGGGAGGCUUCACAUCAGUUCAUACCUGAGAUGCUCGCAGGACGCUGGCAGAGAUGCCUGCUUGGAGAAGGAGCUGGCUCACGGUGGUCUGCCCACCCCGGUGUGCUUUCUAACCCUGGACAGCUGCUUGGUGCAUGCGUCGCCCAGCUGGCUCCUGACACUCUCUGGCAGCCGAAGAGGGUUGGCCAGGUGCUUGCUGCAGGAAUGAUGUGCUUUGCAUUCGCAGCAUUUCAGAAAUCAGUGCCUGGGAGCAACCAGAGCAAAGGCUGGGCACAGAGUUUGUCAUCUGCUCUCCCCUGCAUGCUGGGGAAAACCAAAAUCCCCCUUUCCAUCAGUGUUGCUCCCCAUAGCAGGUUGCCCUUGGGUCUGUGUGCGAUGCGCUGGGUGCUCUGGCUCUGGAUGGCCCGCUGUGCUCUGUGGCAGGGCUCGUUUGCAAGCACUCGUUGGAAAUCAGCAGUGUGAGCCUGCUCGCUCCCAUCACCUCGGAAAGACAAAACCAGAGGGGCACAGCUCGCCCUGGUCAGACCCAGGCACAAAGGCUGGACGGCCGAGCAUCCACUGCAGCCUCCAGGGGCCUGUGGAGGCCAGGCCUUCAUCUGCCUCUGGGUCAUCUCGGUGCUGGCAUUCUCCGUGGCCGGACACUUCCGUCUCAGCAGCCCAUGCUGCAGGAGCCCAGAGUUGCCCUGGCCUUGCCAGCAUUUUCCACCUGCGCCUGGUGCUGCUGGCACCGUCCCCUCAUCAUGUGCUGCAUGGUUGUAGUGAGUUUCCCUCGUGUCCCAGUCUGGUCUAAGUCUUCGUCAUAAUCCCUGCUAUGGCGUGCUUCCAGGAGAGUGUUGGAUAAGCUGCGGCGUGUUUGGAGCAGUGCGAGACAAUGGAGGUUUUGGGCUGAUGCCUUAAUGCUGCUUUACUUGGGAGAAGUCACCGAGGUUGCUAUGGGAUUUGUUGUCUUCUUCCCCACUCCCUGAUCUUUUGCUGCUUGGCCAUAACCUUGAGCAAGUUCAAAUUGUUUCUCUUCUGUCUGCAAACUGGGGAGAGCAUUUACCUGCUUGCAGGACUGCUGGAGGAAUAGCUCUUUGAGAUGUUGGGAUCUGAUCCAUAUGGCUACAAGAAUGAGACCCUCGUGACCCUGAUGUAUGAGUGCUGUGCCAGAGACUUGAAACCUGUUUUCAAUAAUUGGAGAUACUUUUGAGUCAUCAAAGCCAAGCAGCCAGUUCCAGAAAGGAAUUCCUUCUGUGUUACCACUUCCUGCCCAGGUCCAGCCGUUUUAUGGCCGUCACAAAUGUUCCUUCUCUUCCACGCUGCUGCUGCCAGCAAGGGACUCAUCAGGAAAUCAAAAUACAUCUUGCAGCACAUAGUGUUGCCAAAAAAAAAAAAAAAGAAAUAUCCUGAGCUUUGUGCUGAGUGAAACCUGUGCCCCGCUGCUAAAUGUCAGGCUUGGAGAACGACCCUCACACACUCUUCCUUUGGUGAUUUGUUACCUCUGGCUCCUGCUUGCUGGUUCCAGCCCGCUGAGACCCACUGUGCUGUGAGGCUGGGGGGGCUCCAAGAGCAUUAAACCUAAACUCAAGUCUUUGCUGCACAUUUAGUCACCAAGCAACAAUUCUUCCAUUAGCCAGGGGUGUGUGGGGCACCCGCUGUCAGAUUUCUCAGCUUUUCCUGUAGCUGAGGGAAAAGGUGGGAAAACAUUGCUGGAGGACGUGGAGCCUUGGGUUGCUGGAACCAAGCUUGUGGGCAGGAUCAUGGGGGAGUUGAGCUGUCCCUGCAUCGCCUCUUGUUUGGGUGCAGACAGGGCCGUUCCCAUUAGCAAGGUGUGGAUCGGUCUGGCCAACCGUAAUGGUGGGAUUUAGCUCCUCUUAGUUCAGGUUGCAAAUGCAGUGGGAGAGAGGUGGAGGGAAACGUGCCUUUAGGGGAAGCUGCCAACACCAGGGAGCACAUCAUGUCCUGGAUGCUCAUUACACUCAGAGGCAGAUGUUAGAGCAGUGUCUCCAGCUGGUUUCUUCGAUAGCAGGAACUCGGGGCUCCUUGGCCCGACAAACUCAGAAAUCUUCUCUUGUGCUUCCAUCUCGUAUCCUUCUUCCUAGUGGCCAGAGCUGCCUUGUCUUGUAGCACGCAGUUUGUGCUCACCGCUGUUGGCUGGGCUUGGCUGAGCUCUGAGCGUGGGCUCAGCCCGGGUCCUGCCUGUGGCUGGAGCAGGGCAGGCAAGGUGCGGAGGAAGGCGAGUGUGUGGGGGUCUGCGAGCGCAGCUCCGGGUGCUCAGGUGCCGCGGGCAGCUCGCAGCGCCUGGUUGUGAGGGUCUCGGUGAGGCGCUGCUGUGAAUGGGAGCUUGCAGACCCCCAGGACUUGUCGCUGCUUAGCCCGAACUUCACCCAACUCAAAGUGUUGAGUAGCUUUUCUUUUUCUUUCUUACUAUUCUAUAAUCAAGCUUGAGCGAGUGACUUUCAUUUGAAAUCUGCUGCGCAGAUGGCUUCAGGCUCUUCCCUUGCAUCUCUGGCUCAAAUGCUUCAAACAGGAGCGUUGCUUUGGGGCUGCACAGGGUGGCUGCGUGGCUGGGCCUGUGUUCGGCCCCUGCCUGCGUAUGUCCUGCUGGGGGGCACGCUUCUCCUUCUGGGGGGGGUGACGUUUGCUGCUGUAACUGCAGAGAUCUGACCAGAGGCCUCUGGGGCGGUCGCUUUGCCGCAGAAAGCAAAUGGGAGGGGAGCGAGCUGGGUGCGUUCCAGAUCUGCCUCGCUGGCUGUUACUGCAGUGCUGAUAAACACCAGAAGCAGCGGGGCUGCACCAGGGUUCGUGAGAUGCUGCUGUGCCCAAUGGUGGCUUUGCUCCUGGCAGGGAUCAGGGCCUGUCUCUUGUCCCAGCCUUUCCGAGCACCCUUCCUGCAGAGGAACCUGGGAUCUGGGCUUCCCCCUCUGGGAGGUCUCAUACUCCAGAGUAACGAGGCCAUGGUAGGGCCGUGGGGCUGCCUCUGGGGGCCUGAGUGGUUUGAUUCUUGCUGGGAUUGUGUAUUUAGAAAGCAGCAUCUGCUCCCCAACCCGUUCUUUUUCCACUGGGAAGAGUGCCCUUGCGUGACAGCAGGGCAGGGAGAGUGUCAGUGGAUGUGGGGCUGGCAUCCACCCCUGGACAGGCAUAGCUUCAUCCACGUGUUUUGUUUGUUUGUUUGUUUUGUGGGAUGUGGAGUUGCUGUGAUCAGUUUGAGGGCCAGCACGAGCUUCCAUCUUGUCGAGUUGGCGCAGGGGGCCCACCUCUUUGUGACUCCCGUGGCUACGUCCACAGGCCUGGCCUGGCAGUGCUGGGACCCUCGAGAAGCUCCCGCAGCAGGGGCUUGCUGCCGCGAGUCCUUCCCAAACGCGCCGUAGCUUUGGGCAGCUGUGGAAUCGGCUCCUCGUGUUUCAGAGGCCUUGCACCCUAGAGUUGCCACAGUCGAGGUUUUACCAUGUUGCUGGAGGAGGAGGCUGCCAGCCCUGCAGCUCGGCCCUGAGCUGCCUGCCUGCUUUGGGCUCCCCCAUGGCCUGUGUUGGUCCCGAUCCCCUCCAAGCACCAGCGGGGAUGUGCCAGGGCCACCGGUGCUGAUCGUUAGGGCUUGGUAGUUUGUCCCAGUGCUGAUGCAAGGUUGAUCGAGUGUGACCCGUUUGCUUUUUGAGUUGAUAUCAGUCCUUUUAGUACAGGGUAUGGAAACCUAAAGAUUCUUGACAAAUUUUUUCUCAGAAGGAGUUGUCCCAAUCCACCAGGUGGUUUUUAUUGAGAAGUUCUGCUUUUAUUGUUUUGCCUGAGCCAAAUGCAUUAGGAGGACUAAGCUUUGGGAGGUCCCAAUGAUGAUUUCUUCAGUUAAGAAAUGGACGUUGUACAGUGGACUGCAAACCAACAAUAAUGUGUUUCAAAAUCACAGUGUUUGGGGAGAAGAAACUAGACAGUGUUUUUGUGAACUAUCUUUGCAGCACUGAGGAAAAAUCACAAGAAUUGGAUUUUUUUUGAAGCACAGAUGUCUAGUAAGUGUACGAGGAUUUGAAGUUUUAUGGCUGUUAAGGUUUUUCCUCCUUUAUUUGCUCCAACAUUUCCAUAGCUUGCAUAUCAGGUUUUCACUGAAAGAUGGAUUACCAGUUUUUAAAAUGUUAUUGUGCCAUAUUUUAUUUAUCCUUAUGCAUUAUAAAUAUAUAAAUACCUAUUUAGACUGAAUAUCACAGUAAAAGAUGCUAUUAUUGUGAACUUCAGGGUUUAAACCCAAGGUAAAAAAUUGGAAAUACUCCUCCAGUGUAUUUGCUGUUUGUGAUCAUCUUUCUGCAGACGUUUCUUAAGUUCUUACAGUUCAAAAAUGAAAUAACUUCCUAAAAUUCAAGGUUUUACAGUACUAACCCUGAAGUUCUCAAGUUUGUGAUUUAUUAUUUUUUAAGGUACAUCUGGUUGCUUUUUCUGGUGCAGUCAAAUCAUUCUUUAGAAAGGUCUUGUUUCUGGAGUUAAUGAGGGAAAAAGGUGGAAUGGGUCGAUCCAUCCUGCUUGGCUUUUUAACCUAUUAAUCUUUUACGCAAUCAAUCUCAAAUUAAAAAACGAUUUCUUAGGUCUCUGUUCUACUUAAACUUUUUAGGAGUGGGAGCCUGCCCUCGCUGAGUGGGACUUUGAUGGGGAAAGCAGUAGAUUAUGAGGUUGCUGUUGCUCAGGAAUUGAUUAGUAAACUUUUAACUACUAAUAAAAAUCCAUUUUUCAAUGGAUUUUUUUAAAAAACCCAUUUUCUUAGAACAGUGAUAUGGGAUGUUUCCUAGUGAAUAGGAACUAGUUUAUAUAAUUUAGCCUAUUAAACUGAAUUAUUUAAAAUUCAAACUUCCCCUAAUUUAUCUUUUUUUUUUUUUAUACCAGUAAGUUGUCCUGUCAUUCCUUUCAUUCUUCCAUAGAACUAGUGUGAAUUCUUCUGGUGUGUAUAUAUGUAUGUAUAAUAUAUAUAUUUCCAUCCUGCCUUUCUAAUUCUCCACAAUGUAAGAGUUAGCUUUUUCUCCCCUCCCUUCACUUAAUUAAUUUCUUGUGUCUUUACCUUGAUUUGUAAUUGAAACAAUGCUUCGAAGUUUUGUCUUUAUAUUAAAGUGUAUGUAUUUUAAUACACC